UCCUCUCGCCCCGGCCCUUCCUGAGACUCGGCGACGUCCUGGGCCGCGAAGCCACGAGAGGUUCCGGGGCGGUAGCCCGGGAUCGAGUCGGGCCAGGGGGACGGCUCAUGGCCAGUCCCGAACCGCAGCUCAGCUUUCCAAAGAGAGACUCCCCUACAGGAUCGUGAGGGAGCCCCCCAAUUCCUCGCCUCAUGGGCCAGACGGCCCUGGCAGGGGGCAGCAGCAGCACCCCUGCCCCACAAGCCCUGUACCCCGACCUCUCUUGUCCCGAGGGCUUGGAGGAGCUACUGUCCGCUCCUCCUCCUGACCUGGGGGUCCAACGGCGCCACGGCUGGAACCCUAAGGACUGCUCUGAGAACAUCGUGGUCAAGGAAGGGGGGCUGUGCUUUGAGCGGCGGCCCGUGGCCCAGAGCACUGACGGGGCCCGGGGUAAGAGGGGCUACUCGAGGGGCCUGCACGCCUGGGAGAUCAGCUGGCCCCCGGAGCAGAGGGGCACCCACGCCGUGGUGGGCGUGGCCACGGCCCUUGCCCCGCUGCAGGCCGACCACUAUGCGGCGCUGCUGGGCAGCAACAGCGAGUCGUGGGGCUGGGACAUCGGGCGAGGGAAGCUGUACCAUCAGAGCAAGGGGCCCGGGGCCCCCCAGUAUCCCGCCGGACUUCAGGGUGAGCAGCUGGAGGUACCAGAGAGGCUGCUGGUGGUUCUGGACAUGGAGGAGGGGACUCUGGGCUACGCUAUUGGGGGCACCUACCUGGGGCCAGCCUUCCAUGGACUGAAGGGCAGGACCCUGUAUCCGGCAGUAAGCGCCGUCUGGGGCCAGUGCCAGGUCCGCAUCCGCUACCUGGGCGAAAGGAGAGCGGAGCCACACUCCCUUCUGCACCUGAGCCGCCUGUGUGUGCGCCACACCCUGGGGCAUGGGCGGCUCGGCCACGUAUCUGCUCUGCCCUUGCCCCCUGCCAUGAAGCGCUACCUGCUCUACCAGUGACCCCUGAGGACCAGACUGUGAAGGAGCCUUGCCACCACCCCUGUCUCCCCAUCCCCCCCGUGGGGGUCAGCAGGCACCACAGACCUGGAGCUGCUUCCAGCCAGUGUGGCUGGGGGAGGGGAGGCUGGACCCCUACCCAACCCAGGCUCUGGGGAGGAAACAUAUUCAGGGCUGUGGCAGCCUGCUGUGCAAGACAUUUUUUUCCAAGGAAAUAUAACAUGGAACGUAUUGUUAUAGAAACCCGCUC